AGAUUUAGGACAUGCAUUGUUCAAGACCAGACUCCAGAUUAAAAUGUUGCUUAUGUUAAAGGUGGAUGGAAGUUGGAAUGAUUCCCACGUUUUCUGUAAUAAAAGAACUUGUGGUCUCAUAGUUCCGGAUGAGACAUUGUAUAUUCGAUUUAUUGCUUUGGUCUAUUCAUGCAUUGGUGCUUUUGCUGCGAAUGAACGGAUCAAAAUUACUUAUUUGGUUGAAGAAUGUCCUCCUCCAGUGGUUGUUAAUGAUGAUUACAGUUUGUGCUUUUAUUUGGCUCUUAAAAAAUCACAACCUGAAUAUGCCAAGUAUCCUUUGUGUGUUGAGUUAUUUCCACUCUCUGUUUCUACUGCUUCCCACUUCUCUUCACAACUUCCUGCAUUUGAUUUAAAUGUGGCUGCAAAUGGUGAAUUUGAUGAUCUUGAAGACACUUCUAUCAUGCAUCAUCACACAUUUGAUAUUUCUUCUCCUCAAACUGAAGAUAUGUCUUUGGAUAUGUAUGCUACGAAUGAUGAUAAUUCAGUUCAGUGUGAUGAUACAAAUCCAUUACCUACACACAUUUCUGGUUCUAGCAAUGCAGUUUCUUCACCUACAUCUUCA